CGGGGAGCCCAGGCUCAGCGUGUGAAACAGCGGCAGGUUCAUCUCCAAGGGCAUGAACCCCCAGUACACACGCCGCGAGGUCUUCUGCGGGAACACCUGCCACGACCUCACGCGCUUCUGGGAGCGGGAGAUCUGCAAGCAGACUCGUCGCCGGCAGUCCGAGGAGCACCGCCUGGGCCGCAGCGCCCUGAGGAAGCUGCGGGAAGAAUGGAGGCAGAAGCUGGAAUCCAAGCUGAGGCUGCGGAACCCGGAGGAGACGGAGAGGCGACCGAGCCCCAGCUGAGCGGCAGCCUCUGCUUCCCUAACCCCCCGGGGGUCCCUGCGGAGGAGUCAGCCAGCCUGCAAACCCACGGGGCGGAGGGGACGGCCCCGUCCAUCCCGGCCCCGCCCCUGGGGGGACCUCAGACCCCCUCACUCUGCCCGGCUCCACCCCCGAGCUCACGCGGCAGCUGCUCUCACCGAAUCAUCUUCCGGUUUUGGAACCCGCGUACUUUUAAUUCCUGAGCGCGCCGGAAGGGCUCCCAUCUCCGUGCUCAGCUUCACACACUGCCUGGCAGUCUCGCUCCGUCCUUUCUCCGAGAAAAUAUGGUUUCCUGCAGCCCUUUCUCGUGUUUGCUUCUGAUGAAGAGAGAAAUGCCCCUCUCUGCAGAAAUAGAAAUAGCGUAAAUAAACGUGAAAUAGGUUUGAAAUAAA